AUGGCAACCGCAAUUAGUCGGCUAGAGGCACAAAGUUUGGAGAAAUUACCCUCUCAACUAGAAGUAAAUCCAAGAGAAAAUGCAAGUGCAAUCGUUUUGAGAAGUGGUAAAGAGGUUGAGAUUCCAACAAAGGCAACCCCUGCAUCGUCGAAACAAGAAAAGAAGAAAAACAUUAUUGCAGACAAGAACAUUUCCAAUGACGAUGAUGUGCCUAAGCAUAAGUUUCCGCCUCUUUCGGCUUAUAAACCAGUAUCUCCUUUUCCUCAAGCUUUAGCAGAAUCUAGAAAAGAUGAGCAAAAUAAAGAUUUAUAUGAGACUUUUCAUAGAUGUGAGAAACUUAAAGGAUGUGAGACGGUGAGAGUUGGAGAGAACGUUUCUGCAGUUAUUCAAAGAAAACUCCCUGCAAAGUGCAAAGAUCCAGUUGAGGAUGUUCUUGUGCAAGUUAAUGAUUUGGUUUUUCCUGCUGAUUUCUAUGUGCUUGAUAUGGAGAAUGGUGAUCAAACUGCUCCUAUUUUGUUAGGAAGACCAUUCUUAAAGACAUCCAAGACUAAGAUAGAUGUUCAUAGUGGCACACUUACCAUGGAAUUUGAUGGUGAAGUUUUUGAACUUGAUGCAAAAGAUGGAUUGGAAGUUGCCAUUAGUAAGCAUCUUGAGAAAGAGAAUGAGGAGUUAGUCUUGAGUACUGAUUUGCAGGAAAUUGUUGCAGCAUUGAAUAAUUUUCCAAAGUUACAGCAGUCAGAUAACGUUUCUUAUAUUGCAUUACCAGUUUCUAACGAAAAGCCUUUACCAUCUGUUUUGCAGGCCCCUAUUCCAGAUUUGAAGCCUCUCCCCAGUCACCUCAAGUACGUGUUCCUUGGAGACAGAGGAACAUUACCAGUGAUCAUCUCCAAUAAACUUAGUGCACCGCAAGAAGAAAAGCUUGUGCAGAUCCUUAAGGAGCAUCAAACGGCUAUUGGUUGGACAAUUGCAGAUAUUAAAGGAAUUAGCCCGACUACAUGCAUGCAUCAUAUCUUACUUGAAGAGGAAGCAAAACCUUCCCGUCAACCGCAAAGAAGAUUGAACCCACCCAUAAUGGAUGUAGUGAAGAAGGAGAUCCUCAAACUUCUUGCAGAUGGAGUGAUUUAUCCUAUUUCGGAUAGCAAUUGGGUUAGCCCAGUUCAAGUGGUUCCUAAAAAGACUGGAAUAAUAGUUGUGAAAAUUCAGAAUGAUGAGUUAGUUCCUACCCGUAUUCAAAAUGGGUGGCGGGUCUAUAUAGAUUAUAGAAAUUAA